AUGGGAGAUCUCAGGCAAGCUUUUACUGAAGCUGAUCUCGACCUUACUACAAUGUGUUUGUAUUGUUGUGCUUGUCUUGUUGAUUUUAUGAGUGUCUCAACUGAACCUCCAAAUGAUAUGAUGAUGAACCAUGCUCUGACUGUCCUUCUAAGUGCAAUUAAUACAGCUUUUCAUACAAAUAGGUAUUUGUAUCUGAGUAAAUUGGUCACAAUGCCUGGAGCAUCUGGUGCUUUCUUGCGCCUUGUACUUGAUCAGUUCCUUUUCGCUCCCAUUUUUAUUGGUGUUUUCUUAUCUACAUUGGUGACACUAGAGGGAAGGCCACUGGAAGUGAUGCCGAAGCUUCGUCAGGAGUGGUUCUCUUCUGUUCUUGCGAAUUGGCAACUAUGGAUCCCUUUUCAAUUUCUCAACUUUCGCUUUGUCCCACAACAAUUCCAGCAAACCCUCCUCUACGUUGAGAAGAGUUGGCGGUGGAGAAACACAGCCACUCAGUCGGCUGUGUGUUCAGACAGAGAAAGAUCGACACAGAGAGAGACCGAUAACAUAUGUGUCAGUCUUCGCUCCCAAACACCACUCAUCCUUCAAGCAGAUGGACCACUUCAAUGGCCAGAUCUGCUACUUCCAUGGACAGAUCUGGUCAACAGUGGGCAGAUCUGA